AUGGCCGCGAAGGGGAAGGGGAAGAGGAAGGGAAAGCAGGUGGUAAACGGGAAGGCGGCUGCGUUGGUUGCUUCCGAGGGUGAAGCCGCCUCGGGGAGGAGGAAGCGGCUUCUGCUUGGUUCCCCCUCCUCCUCCUUCAGUGGGUUGAGGGUUUCUGGUCCUCGCCGGAGGAAGAGCUGCGUCUUCGUGGAUGAUGCUGCCCUCGACGCAGACGAUGCUCAAGAUCUUGAUGAUGAUGAUGGUGAUGAUUAUGACGGGGACUCAGGGGCGGAGGGAGUUGGUGCCGCUUCCUUCCUUCAACCUCGAUAUUCGUGUCUUUGAUAUUUGUGUCCUCAUCCGCAGGGUUUCAUUCUCCACUGCGUGCGCGCUUUCGCUGCAUGGAGUUUCAUAUAUGCCGGACGUUGCAUUGAGUUUCUUGUUGUUGUAGUCGUAGCUGUUGUUGCUGUUGUUGCUGUUGUUGCUGUUCUUCUUCUCCUUCAUCUUCUUCCUCUUCUUCUUGUGUCACUAUGAUGCCUACUAAGCCGCUAGCUUAGUAGGUGUCCACUAUCAGGCAUCUGCCUUACCUCUUGGUUUCCAUGCAUGCAAUGCAGUGAACAUCUGCACUACGACGGAAAACAACUCCACGGAUUAUCUGGAGUGGGGUAUCUUUUUGAGGAAUUCUGCUUUGAUAUUCGUCCCAAUGCCGAAAGGACCAUAGACGUAAUAUUUGUUACGUCAUAAUCAUGUGAUAAGUUCACCGACCAUUCAUUCAUCUUGGGAGAUCGAUUUGUUUUUAUUUUAUUUUGAGAAUCAGGCAUAAGCCCCCACAGUUGCUCCAUAAUCUUUGUCAGUGUGUAUGAACUCGGAUUCAAAGAUUGUUCGCAUUAUGGAUGUUGAAAGUGGAAAAAUAAGGUGAUGAAAACUUGUUUGAAUGUUCUUCUUAACUGAUCAAGCACUUUUCUAAUCUAUUUCAAGCUCUCCUCCAAGCAAUUUAUCCAGACUUAUCUUUGGAGGACCGCGGGUAGAAUUUCUGAGGGACGAAUGGGAAUAAUUGAUGGCCAUGACUGAUGUGCCAGAUAAUUUCAUGUCCUUUUCCUGACUAAACAAUAGUGAAAAACAUAUUAUUUUACUAUAACUUCCUUUCUUUUUUUCUUAUAUUCGCUGUUUCCCUUUAUUUUCUCUUUAUCUCAUUUUAAUUAUUUAUGGCCAUCAUUAUAAAACUUUCUGAUAUAUGAUCAAUUGAUGAGGAAUACUUAUAAAAAAAAAGGGAAAUGAAUUAUGACAGUUUUUUGCCAUCUGUCUGUUGCCAGUGGAGCAAUAACGAAAUAGAUGGAUGGAAAAUAGGGAAAAAGAGGUGGCAGCCGUGCACUAUCCUUUUAUCUACUCAAUUGGUUUAACAUUCCAAGUUUGAAGGCCCUUGUGUGGAUAUUUUUUGAAUCUGAUCACGGUAACAACUUUUUCAAGAAAAAUCUGAAUUAACAUGAUUGAACCUUCCUUUCUCUCCUGUGACCAAUUAAUUAUGCCAACUUAUUCCAAAAUAAAGGUUACCUGUUGCUUUCUUUCUUCCCUUCGGUUUAGACUUGGAUAGAUAAUCUUUCAUGCUACUCCUGCGGAAUCUGAUUGUGAUUGGAGGCAAUUUCUAUUUUUGAUACUGUGGGCAUAGAUUUUCCCUUGCCUGGGAGAGGACAUUCUAUUGAAGAAAUUUGAUGUUGGUUUUGUGUAAAAGGUCAUGGCAAAGUAUUGUAUGCUAUUUAUACCAGUAUCUUUUCUCUUGUCAGAAUAUAUGGAUCAUAUCCAGUCUGGCAAAAAUGCUGCAAAAGGACGUAAAUCAAAUGCACCUUUUUUUCUGAAAGAGAAGGAAUUGAGUGGCAGUGAAUUAGAAGAAUUUGUGGAAGAGCGAUAUGGCCGUGGUUCGGAUCAUGUUCUGUAUGAUGAAGAUGAUAAAGAAUAUGAACUUAGGAAGUCCUUACUACAUUGUCCUGAUGACCCUGCGGUUUGGAGGGUCAGAUGUAAGGUAUGAUAUCUGGUCUGUCCAUUAAAUAUUAUAGCUUCUUUUGCAUUCUUAAAGAGGCUGAAAAGUCUUCCUGCAGGUUGGUCAUGAACGACAGUCAGUGUUCUGCCUUAUUCAGAAGUUUGUUUCCUUGCACAGUCUUGGAUCUAAGUUACCAGUGGUCUCUGUAUUUUUCCUGGAGCACAUUAAAGGUUAUGUUUACAUUGAAGCUGACAAGCAACAUGAUAUCACAGAGGUACUUCCUAGUUCUUUUGGGGUCGUAGGCUGAGAGAAAUGGAGCUCAAUUAUUUUUUCAUGUACAGUUCAUUAUCUCUAGUCUGGCAAUAUUUAUAUUAUCUUUGAUAAGUGCAUCAUAUCCUUGCAAAUAAAUAAUUGAAAAUGCGAAGUUAGAGAAAUCCUUUCUUCAUUGUGAUCCUUUUUUGAUGUCAUGGAUUUCAUUAUUGUUUAUUGCUUUGUUAAAUUGCAUAUCAGUACGUUAUCCAACAUUCACGUGCCUUUUUUUGUUCUAUGAUUUGUGUAUUGGCUUACAGCUGUGUUAUGUGGCCUACUUGACUAUUACAAUUUUAGGAGAAAAUAUCAGACCAUUUUCUACAGAGAAAUUUUCAGAAAGUUGCUGCAUCAUUAGACUUUUUUAGGGGAGGUAGAUAUCUAGUAGCCUUGAUUCUACUAGGGUCAAUCUCAAUUCCUUGACAAUAGUGACGAAAUUGAGGAACUUCCCACUAGUUAUGCUGCGGGUGAAUUUAAGGGAUUCAUUAUUAAUCUUUAUUUUGGUUGCCUUUCAAAGAUUUCACAUAAAUGAAAGAAGAGACGUGCAUAAAAGAUUCAUGUAAUCCACCUAUCAUAAUGGUAGAAACUAAGGGUGAGACUUUAAUCCUUUAUAUUUUAUUCAUUUGCUAGUCCAUUAGUUGAUCUCAUUUGAUGGCUUCUCAGGCUAAAGCCCAUUAGAUUGUCCUUAGGCCGAGGACCAUUUUACUGCGUCCUGGACCAAAGCCUGUUUGAGAGUCUAUUGGCUUUUUCCCAUUCUAGUGCGCCUUUUCCCACUAUGUGGGAGCUUCAGCCUUUUAUGCUUUCAGCGUCAUCAAAUACUUUACUGCUAUUAUUUGCUUCCCUUGGAACUUGCUGAUGACACAAUCAGGUGGGUGAUGUGGGGCACCUGACCGUUUCCUUUAUAGAAAACACUCAUUCUUUUUCCUCUUCUACUUCUCUUUGGUGCAACUGUUACCUUUCUUAAAUGGUCUCCGGGGGGGGGGGACCCUUUAGGUGGCCAUUUUUAUUUAUUUGCAUCUUCUCUUGCUUGUCCAUCCAUUCAUCCCACUAUCUUUGACCAUUAUGACCAUUUACACUUGGUGUGUAGUGUUUUUAUCACCAUUGUUUUAUCUCACGAUGAUUAUUUCCUCGUCUAUCAUCAACUGCUCUCAUCUUUUUCUCUAGACAUUUCAUGUUCCCUACCUGUUCUCUUUCUUCAUCUCUAGUGAUGGGAGGUUUUGCUUCCUUUCAAUGGUGUGCUUUCUUCUUUGCAUCAAACUGUAAAGGCUUUUCUUCUUCUAUCUAUUAUAGGGCCAAUAAAUGGCUAACAAUGUUGCUGGGCUCUGACAUGAACACCAACAAAGAGCAGGUAUCUUUUCUCUAGACGCAGAUGUUUUUAAGAGAAACAUUGCUUAGUGGCCAACUUCCUUUAGUGACCUGUUACCUUUUGGAUCUUGUUGGGCCAUGUACAAGUUUUUUCAGUCUAGUCAAUAUGUGGCCACCGGUUUGUGCCUUUUCAGUGUUCUUUGUCUUCGACUUAGUGUCAUUGGCUAUUUUGGGAUGUUGGGGUGUGUUGGUCUGUAGCUAUUCACUUUUUCAGCCACCACCAAUAUGUUCUCUUCGCUGAAUUACUGUUUUGUUUCGUUAUGUGAGAGAACUUUCCUCUUUUUCUUUAUGUUUCUGGAAGUUGCUAUUGUAACUGGAAGAAGUGGUGGACCGCUCAUGAGAGACUAAUGUCUCCUAUACCAGAGGUGGCUUCGAAUGUUUUGAUUUUUUCUUUAUUCUGGGGCAAUACUUUGCAAGUCAUUCAUAUCCUUCGUGUUGCAAUUUAUUUCGACUGUCUAUUUCGACUUAGGAAUCAUAUAUGUUUUUAGAUCUUUCUUUCAGAAGGUCUUAUGGCAUUGAUCAUAUUAGUGGUCAGAUGGACAACAUUAUUUGGAUUUAUCACUAUUUUGUUUUGAUGAUGUUUUGCCGUCAAGUUAAUUCUAUUCUUUUUUUUCCCAACUUAAUAUUACAAUAUGGUGCGCAUGUUUUAUGUUUCUAUUUAAUAUAAACAUCAGUAUAUUUUAUAGCAUAAAAACGUCAUUGUGUUGUUUACGUCUAGAGUUGCAGUUCAAGUGUACUCCUUGAGUUUUCUUUCUGGUUUCUUCAUUUAUUUUCUCUAAUGAAUUUCUAUUAGUCCUUUUGCUCAUUGUAGUUUGCAAUUUUUUGAGUCAGGCUUGCAAAGGUUUUUCUAAUAUGUAUACGAGCAAAAUGGAUCUGGUUCCUAGAAAUGAAGUCCCUGGCUUACUCUCUAUUCAAAAUAUGCCAAGUGAAAUUGCUGGUGGUACAUGGGUUCGCUUAAAGCAUGGAAAUUACAAAGGAGAUUUAGCUCAGGUAUUAAGAAAUUUACAUGAAUUUAAAUUGGUGAUUCGCGGGCACUUUCUAUAGCAUCAUGUUACCUUUUGAUUUUUCAUACAUCUUCGAUGCAGGUUGUAGCUGUAGAUGGUGUGCGGAAACGGGCAACUGUGAAGUUGGUUCCAAGAAUUGAUCUGCGAGGCUUGGCAAAAAAGUUUGUUGGUGAUGUAAAUAACUUUGCUUCCAUUUUUUCCACUUUCCAUUUAUCAUUCUAUCAUCUCAACAAUCCAAGUGCAUUCCUGUAUAGCACUAAAUACUCCAAAUUAGUUGGCGCAUCUGGUAAGAGAGGAAAAUCCAAAGGUUUCAUAAUUAGCUGUCCCAUUGUUUUGGUAUCUUCAUUUCAUGGCUGUGGUUCUUUUUUCUCUUGUUCAUCUACUUGUGGCAUGUUUAACUCAUUCAACUUUCUGGAUUUCACUCAAUGAACUUUUAUGUGAACUAUGUAAUGCAGUCAGGCAGUCCAACUCAAAACCUAUUCGCAAUUGUAAAACAAGGUCAUCUAUUUUACUAUAGUUUAUUUAGUUCAUUAAUGGGGGUCAUUUUUAACACCUCCUUUUACACGAAGUCUGAUAUUUAGUUCUUUAAGCUUUGCUUAGUUGAUAAUAAAAAUUGGCUUUUAUAUUAUGUUGAGUGAUUGAACUAUCUAAUUCAAAAUAAAUUGUUGUCUCAUAAGUAGAUUAGGAUCAUCUAUUUAGGUAAAGAGUCGGAGUGUAUGUUAGAACUGAUUUUACUUCACUUUUGAGAUGAGGCAGUCCAAUAAAUCACUGACUAAUUGAAUUCCAGACUUUCGUGGUGUUAAGAAGGACAGUUCGGAAUGGUGUUUUGUAUUUGUAAGGAAAAUCUCUUCAUUUAUAAACUUACUUUUUUGGUUAUCUAAAUGCUACUCAUGUGGGAAAACAUGGAGACCUGUGCCAAAAAUAGUAUAUGUCAAAACGAUGAUAGCAUUUAGAUUUAUGAGAGGAAAGAAAUAAGCUGUUGACUUGCAUCCUAUGAUGUAGUAAAGUAUUCCUGUUAUGUGUUCUUUGUAGUAUGGUGAGACAUCACCUGGGCUCAGAAAUUAAAUCAGGUUUAUGUAAAUCUUGAUUGUUCAACAUCGCUAGCUCUCUAAUGAAAGAUGUGAUACUAUUUUUCCAUAUGAUUUCAGGGCAGCGGGAUACCUACGAAGCAAGCAGCUAUUUCAGCUCCACGAUUGAUAAAUUCUCAUGAAUUGGAGUAAGUGAUCCUUGCUUAUAGUCAUUUUUUUUAUUGGCAUUGGAGAAUGUAUUUUGUUUCCACAAAUGGAUUGUCAUGUUUUUGGAAAAAGUUUUGAUUUGUAAGCUUUUUCUUUUCUCAGAAUCUUCAGGCCUCAUAUUAAAAUUAGGCGUGAUUCUGAAACUGGCGAGCUUUUUGAGAUACUUGAUGGUUUAAUGCUGAAGGAUGGAUAUCUGUACAAGAAAGUGUCAUUUUUUUCGUUAAGCUAUUUUGGUGUACAACCGUCAAAGACUGAACUCUUGAGAUUUGAGCCAGUGAAGAAUGAUGAACCUCAGGGUAUGGAAUGGAUUUCUCAUUUUUCCAAUGGCCGUGAGAAAAAAAAAAUAGAGACAUUUAAUAACAGUUUGGAGAAAGGGAAUGCAUAUCAGCAAUACGAUCUUGUCUUGUUUGGGUGAGUUGAUACAAGUAGGCAAUUAAUAUUUUGGCAGAACCCUGGUGUUUUUCUAUUCUUCGCUUAAUUGAAUGUUUCUUGUGUUUCUAUCAGCCAAAAAGACUUUGGUGUUAUCAUAUCAAUGGAAUCUGACAGUUUUCAGGUAGAUUAACAUGUCUAAUUAUUUUUUGUUUGUUUGUCUGCGUAGUUGAUUUCAUUUUAUCUACUCUUUUCAGAUUCUAAAAGGUGAUGUCGAAAGAUCAGUACUCAUAAAUGUUCAGCGAAAGGACAUUAAGAAUUCUUGCAUUAAUAAAAUGUUCGCAGCUUCAGAUUGUAACAUGAAGACCAUAUGUAUUAAUGACACUGUUAAGAUCACAGAAGGUCUUCAAAAGGUAUUUAUUGACUUAUAUUAGAGUCAAUAAUCAUUAUUUAUUGUUGCUGUGUUCUAUCAUUGACGAAUCCAUGACCCCUUAUUCAUUUGUAUUUUAGAAGUAUUGCUAGAACAGUCAAUGUUAAACAUUAGAAUACGAAAUUCAAACAUGCAGAUAUGAGCACGGUGCCACUCCACUUCGUGGAAAUUGGUGAUGAGUUGAGUGACCUAGUCGAAAAAAUCUAAGAUGCCAUCAUAAUUGAUAUUUAUAUUGACCACAUGAAAUGAAUCAAAAAGUUUUCUUUAAUCGAGCCUUUUUUUUUUCUUUCCAGGGCCGUCUGGGAAUCAUUAAGCAUAUCUACAAAGGCACACUUUUUAUUUACGACAAAGACAACCAAGAGAAUAAUGGUUAUUUCUGUGCGAAGUCUGAAUUAUGUGAGGUCAUAAAGGAAACCUGCAGUAGAAACAUGGUAUUCCCUAAAUCAAUACCUUACUAUUUCCAGUUUUUUGUAUUCAGAUAUAUUUUUUUCCUCUGUGGUUUAGUCUUGCAGCUCUGAUAACCUCGGAACUAGGGCAAAUGUGGAAUAUACUGUGCCCCAGACCCCAGCAAAAUGUAGCCAGAGAAAGGAUUUUGAUGGCAGCUGUAUGUCUCGUUUGAUAAAGUUCUAAUAGCUCUAAGGUUCUGGGUUCUUUACUGAUUUUACAGCGCAAAUGCAGUUAGAAGAAACCAACGAAGUGAUAAAAACCAACCAUUUAGAGUUGGACAGACCCUGA